UAGGCCCACCACCCGAGGGUGAAUGGUGUCCACCGUCUGAAGGAACGGGCGAGGCAGCAAGAUUCCCAGGGAAAGAUCACUCGGAACUACAACUCAUCCACGUAUACAACACCUUCAAGAUGUCUGGACCACUUGACGACCCCGUGCUCAGGCACAAAGAAGAAGAAGAUAAAGUGGAAAUGCUCCGGCACCGACAUAUGCAAGAGGAGGAUGAACAACUCCAAGAUGGCAACGCGCAAAAUAACAACAACGAUGUCCUACAACGUACGAUCGCCUUGUGGGAAUCUGCCGACCGUCGCCAGCAGAGAGAACACGACAUGAUCUUUAUGAAACAACUACAGGCCCUUGCUUCUCUCUUCACAUCAAAAAGGACAUUCGUGGCACUUUCUACGCUUACCAGCGAGGAAGAUUUGGAGGUAUGGGACGGUCAACUACGCUCAUCGCUGGCACCGUACAAGCUCUUCCGCUACCUUGACAGCGAUGUCCCUGAACCUGACAAGGAUGACAUCGUCGCCCACGCCAUAUGGGAAGCAGACCGCGCGGACAUCUACCGGGUCAUCACUGCAUCUCUGGAGUCAAAUAUCUUGUGGCGUAUGAUACGUAUUGGCUGGAACCCAGAGGUUGUUGAUCCCCGCGCAACAUACAAGAAGGUUUUCGAGGCAUUGCAGCCUCGCACCAUCAACACAACUCGACUGUUAAUCCAGGAAUAUAGAGAGAUCGAGCCGUCCAAGUUUGAUACUAUGGAUCGGUACAUUGAUCGACUCUGCGUUCUCCGUCAGCGACUGCGCAACCUGGGCAUCAUCAACCCUCCAGAGAUGGAUAUCUACCCAGUGCUGACAGCAAUCAAGGAGAGCUACCCUGAGCUCUAUAAGCGUAACAUGCGGAAGAUGGAAGACAAGUCCCUUACCUGGAACGACCUCAUCAAGGACAUGACCAAGACCUGUGUUGACCGUGACAUGGAGAAAAAUUUCGUCAAUGUCACUGUCGGCAACAGUGGCAACGACAACAAGAAAAUGGAUGAUCGCUCCAAGCCACCGUCUGACAGGAAGAGGUCAACGUAUGGCAAUAUCAAGUGCCGCGACUGUGACAGGCACUUUAAUCACGAGGUCAAGCACUGCAGUGGCUGCGGCUGGCACCACAAUCCCAAGCAAGUCUGUUGGGCCUGCAACCCAGAAAAGGCACCAGACUCUUGGCCGAAGAAGGCUCGUUUCCUGGCAAAGAAGAACGCACCCUCGUCGACGGCAGCGCUACACCCGAACUCGGGAGUUGCUAAUUCAACGACUUCUGCCGCACGUAGCAUCUUCCAUUGCACCAACUUUGCCUCCAUCCGACCGUCUUUUCACUCCGGCCCGCGGAUUUGACAGAAGCGUUCCUAUCAACUUCCGAAGUCCAACAGGCCGUCAAGGCAGUAAGAGACAUCAUCUACUAUGACUCGGCAGCAGCCGACACCGUGUUUAACGACAUCAAGUGGUUCACUGAGCUACACCGAUUGCCCAGACCCAGGGCAUACCUAUCCUCAUCUGGUGAUAUCACCCAAGCCAAUGAGAUUGGUGUUGUCGUAUACGAGACAGUUCUACGCGACGACACGAAGGCAACAAUUGAAAUCCGAGAGGCACUCUACAAUCCUGCCUCCCCUGCCAACUUGAUCUGUGCAGGGAAACUGAUUGACGAAGACGUCGCUUCGAUGCUUCCUCCCCGGUAUGUCGCCGGAUGACGACGGGAAGCGGAACCCUCUACCGAGGAAGUAUUAAGUCAUCUCCGACGAAUUGGGCUUGUAGGCGCCGAAGGAGAGGCCAAUGCCGGCCUGACUAAAAUGGGAACGGUCAUGCAAGUUAUCCGGACCGCUCAGGAAGGAGGCAAUGUAUGAGGAGAAACGGUCAUGGACGAGAUUUUAGACCUUUAU